UAUGAUAUAUAUUAUAUAAUAUUUCUAUAAUAUUACUUCUUAUUUUGUAUCCUAUGCCCUUUUUCAGGUUUACCAGUAUAUGCAUGAAACAAUUCCUAUUAAUGGGUGCCCAGAGUUUCGUGCUCGUGCCACCGCAAAGGCAACAGUUGCUGCAUUUGCUGCUAGUGAAGGCCAUUCUCACCCUCGUGUUGUGGAGCUGCCAAAAACCGAUGAAGGCCUCGGCUUUAAUGUCAUGGGAGGAAAAGAGCAGAAUUCUCCGAUUUACAUUAGCCGCAUAAUUCCAGGUGGUGUGGCAGAGCGACAUGGAGGACUUAAAAGGGGGGACCAGCUGCUUUCAGUAAAUGGAGUGAGUGUGGAAGGAGAACAUCACGAGAAGGCAGUGGAGCUGUUGAAAGCCGCAAAAGACAGUGUUAAACUUGUAGUGCGAUACACACCCAAGGUGUUGGAUGAAAUGGAAGCUCGCUUCGAGAAGCUGAGGACCGCAAGGCGCAGGCAGCAACAACAAUUACUAAUCCAGCAGCAGCAACAACAGGCACAACAAAACCAUAUGUCGUAGGUUUUUCUCCAGGAAAAAAACACAGAUAGACAAGUGGCAAUAAGACAAUUCCACCAGGAGUCCAUUUUCCAAAGGAUCAGAAGAGAAUCGGCUCUCAUUAUCCAGCAUAGAGAUUGGUCGAUAUUCCUUUGGCUAAGCUAUCUAAAACGUUUACUAUAAAGGUGAUGUGUUCGAUAGUUAGUGGACUUUCCCUCCAAUAUUUCUUGUAACCACAUAAUUUAGUAUUGUGUAAAGAGGAUGAAGCAGUCUGUAUUGAUGAGUUUGUUUCUAUAGUUGGGUCUGAGUGGCCGGGGUCAUGUCUAGAAAUCCUCAUUGUUCACUCACUGGACACCAAACUGCAUCAGUUUAGUGCACUAACAGAUCAGCAGCACUUGUAUGCACUCAAGAAUAAUAUCCUGUACUGUAUAUUGUAUAAUUUAAGACUUGUUGUUUGUAAGAAAAUUUCAUAUUUUUUCCUUACAAUAGUUAUUACAUUUAUAAGGUUUUACGUUAUUAGGCAGGAAAGCAUUUCCUUUUGUGUUUUGUAUGUUUAAGUAAUGUCAGAUACUAUAGCUGAGGCAAAUUAGGAAAUAAACCUGUAUUUUACAUUUACCA